AUGGUGCAGAAACUACUUUCUCCUUGUAAACCUUCACUCGAACUACUUUCUCCUUGUAAACCUUCACUCGAACUACUUUCUCCUUGUAAACCUUCACUCGAACUACUUUCUUCUUGUAAACCUUCACUCGAACUACUUUCUUCUUGUAAACCUUCACUCGAACUACUUUCUUCUUGUAAACCUUCACUCGAACUACUUUCUCCUUGUAAACCUUCACUCGAACUACUUUCUCCUUGUAAACCUUCACUCGAACUACUUUCUUCUUGUAAACCUUCACUCGAACUACUUUCUUCUUGUAAACCUUCACUCGAACUACUUUCUCCUUGUAAACCUUCACUCGAACUACUUUCUCCUUGUAAACCUUCACUCGAACUACUUUCUUCUUGUAAACCUUCACUCGAACUACUUUCUUCUUGUAAACCUUCACUCGAACUACUUUCUUCUUGUAAACCUUCACUCGAACUACUUUCUCCUUGUAAACCUUCACUCGAACUACUUUCUUCUUGUAAACCUUCACUCGAACUACUUUCUUCUUGUAAACCUUCACUCGAACUACUUUCUUCUUGUAAACCUUCACUCGAACUACUUUCUUCUUGUAAACCUUCACUCUGA